CUGGCGCGGCCCUAAGGGGGGCAGUCGGUUCCUGCCCUUGCAUCCCCCCCACCCCCAGGCGGCCUGGGGUCUCCUGGGCGAGAGGACCCAGGUCCCAGCGCUGCGGCCCCAGCACGCCCCGCCGCUGGCAAGGCGGGUGCCCAUGGGCGGCAGAGGAGAGCGAGCGCCCCGAGCCGCGCCACUCCCGGGUGGACUGGAGCCCAUGCACUAGGAGCCUCUGCCCGGUGCCGCCCGUGUCCGCAGCGAUGGCGCCCGUUAGGGGGGCCGCGGAAGGCACCCCGGAGAGCGAAGAGCAACGCUAACCAGCCCUGGAAUCCCAGAGCUGCUGCUGGCGAUGUGACUCGUCCCCGCGGUGGGGACGCACAGACCCCGAGCAGGGGCGAUUCCGGGAGCGCCUGGCUGUGGGCGCGGCCCCCCGCGGCGCCAUGAACAGUCACUUCUGCCGGGCGCUGAUGGACCGGGCGCCCGCGGCGCCCCCUGGCGGCAUGCAGCUGGGGACGGCGCCCCCUCCCCGGCCGGCGCCCCUGCCCGCCGAGCCCCCGGGCGCCGUGCCCUUCCUGCUGUUCCCCGGCCCCGCCGCCGCCGCCGCCUACGCCGGCCUGUUCCCCUGCGCACCCGGGCCCGGCGCCCUCGGGGGCUACGACUGCGCGUUCGAGCCCGCCUUCGUCCACAAGCGCAACGAGCGCGAGCGGCACCGCGUGCGCUGCGUCAACGAGGGCUACGCGCGCCUCCGCGGCCACCUGCCCGGCGCGCUGGCCGAGCGGCGCCUGAGCAAAGUGGAGACGCUGCGCGCCGCCAUCCGCUACAUCCGACACCUGCAGGAGCUGCUGCGCGCCGCGCCCGACGGCCCCCGGCCCGAGCGCCCCGGCGACGCCCCGCCACCCGAGGGCCCCCGCUUCUCCUCCUCGCCGGGCUUGGAGUCGGAGGAAUCCGGCCAGUGAUCGGAGUUCGCAGGGCCGCCCCACUGCCGAAGGCGCCCGUGACUGCGGGGUCGCAGCGGGGCGGGGCGGGGCGGCGCAGCGGCCACUCGGAAGGGCAAAGGGCGAGCGCUCCGUGUCUGCGACCCCUCCUUCCCUGCCCCGCGGCUGACUUCCUCCUCAGCGGCCGGACGGACCUGCAGGGCAGGAACGCGAGGGGCCAACACGUGCCCAGGAGCUGGGUGGGCGCAGCCGGGCGCGGGCCAGGGGAAGCGCCAGUGCUCUCCACGCUGUGCCACAGGCCGCAAGAGGGCGGCCCAGGAUGGUCGCCGGCGGGUGUGGCUCCCGUUCAGCCUCAGCCCCGCGCUGGGGAAAGCCGGGGCCCAGCUCCGGGCUGUGCACAGCCGGCCGCCGCGCCCUCCGGCGUCCCCGGGGCCGCAGGCGUAGCCCUGGGUCUGCGAGUCCGCGGGAGGCGGGCUGCGCUUCCGUCUGGAUGCGCCCUGCCCGACUCGCCACCAGAUGGCCUCAAACGCCAGCACCCUCUUUGGAAGCCAGUUUGCAGCCCGGCCCUGUCCCCGCGGGGGCGCUCUCGAGCCUCCCGGACGGAGGCGGUCCGCCGGCCCUCUCCUCCCCAGGGGCCUUUCCCUGGCUUCCCAGCCUCUCCCCUGCCAGGCCGGGUGAGGACUGGU